AUGCUCUCCAACCUGCGGGAGCGCGCGAUGGUGGCGUACGAGACGCCCCAGGCGAAGAAGGCCCGACGGAUCGCAUAUCACGUGCUGCGCGCCGCGAAGAAGUUUGUCGCUGGAUCCGGGAACGCUCUAUGGGUCACGGGGACGACGAUGCUGGUGAUGGUGAUGCCUCUUGUCUUUGAGAUCGACCGCGAGCAGCAGCUGCUGGAUUAUGAGGGUGGGAUGGUAAUGCCGCCGCGGUGA